UGGUGCACAUACACCACAAGAUUUUUGUCCAUAUGCCAUAAUGUCCAAAUGGGAAGAAUUAAACGGCACAAAAUGGUUUCCUUGACAACACAAUAAAUGCUUUCAGACUCCAGCACAUCACUGGGGAUGCGGUGGAGAGAUGCGCUCCGGAUCCCUUCGUUCUUCAUUCUUAUUUAAGGGACACCUCCCGUUCCAUUCCAAAUAGCAGAGAAGAAGGAACGCGUGGCCAUGAGGUUAUCCUCUCACCGUCAGAUGGUGCUGGUUCUAAUCCUUGCCUUCUGCUCCAUUUGGGGUUCUUUCGCCUAUGAGCGUCCGAAGCCCAGAGAAACCCUCUCCGUCCCCCUCGCCGACGACGCCGAUGGACUCACGCCCCAACAGGUACAUGUGUCGAUUGUGGGGUCGGACAAGAUAAGAGUGACAUGGAUCACUGACGACGAUGCUCCAUCCACGGUGGAAUAUGGCACAUCGUCGGGGCAGUAUCCCUACUCUGCCACUGGCUCCUCUUCCACCUACUCCUACCUCCUCUACCGCUCCGGCCACAUCCAUGACGUCGUUAUUGGCCCCCUAAAUCCCAACACCGUCUACUACUACCGCUGCAGCUCCAAUCCCUCUCGCGAGUUCUCCUUGAAGACCCCCCCUCCUAAUCUUCCCUUCAAAUUUGCCGUCAUCGGUGAUUUCGGUCAGACCGGGUGGACUGAAUCAACUCUCCAGCACCUGGGUGCAUGGAGUCAUGACAUGCUCCUCCUCCCCGGUGAUCUCUCCUAUGCCGACUACGUCCAAAAUUUGUGGGACUCAUUUGGCCGCCUGGUGGAGCCACUAGCCAGCUCUCGUCCUUGGAUGGUGACCCAAGGCAACCAUGAAAUCGAGAAUCUCCCCCUCGUGACAUCCUUCAAGGCCUACAACGCUCGGUGGCGCAUGCCCUACGAUGUCAGCUCCUCCGAUUCCAACCUCUACUACUCCUUCGACGUCGCCGGCGGUGCCAUCCAUGUCCUCAUGCUCGGCUCCUAUGCCGACUUUGGACCCGGCUCAUCCCAGUACAAGUGGCUCCAAUCUGACCUGGCUAAAAUAGACCGGGCUCGGACUCCAUGGGUGGUGGCAUUGAUCCAUGCCCCAUGGUAUAACACGAACGAGGCUCACCAGGGGGAGGGGGAGGAGAUGAGGAAGGCCAUGGAGGGAUCUCUGUAUGGGGCCCGAGUUGACGUGGUGUUUGCUGGGCACGUGCAUGCCUACGAGCGAUUCACACGUGUGUAUGAUAACAAGAAGGAUGAUUGCGCGCCGGUGCAUAUAACUAUCGGGGAUGGCGGCAACAAGGAGGGGUUGGCCAAGGAUUACGUGGAUCCUCAGCCCGAUAUAUCGUUGUUUAGAGAGGCAAGCUUCGGGCAUGGGCGGUUUGAGGUGAUGAACGGGACCCAUGCUCUGUGGACAUGGCACCGCAACGAUGAUGACGAGGCGGUCGUGAGCGACCAGGUGUGGUUGACUACUCUCGCUUCCAACCCAGCUUGCAACCAGAAGAAAUGAAAGAUGGAUAGAUACAAUAUGAUGGCGAGCUGUCUUACAUUAUUUUUAUCAUGCAUUCACAUAAAUAUUUAUCUAUUUUAGCCUAAUAUUUCUCAAGUUGAUCCUGCUUGAGUUCAGGAGAAUGUAAUGCCAAUUGUGUGUUUGUGGUUUUUGGGGUCCUUCAUUCUCUUCCCCCAUCUUUUUCCAGCUAUCCUAUCUGUUGGUCCCUUUUAGGCGGCUACAAUGUGGCAUUGUGCACCUUGCAGGCUAAAGCAUGCAGAAAGGCCUGGUGGGCACAAGGCAAAGAGGCCGGAUAAGUGAGACCAAGUCUAUAUGAUUGCAAGGCCUGCACUUGGGCCCAGUAUGGUGAUAGUAUCUAUUCUAUGUAUCUAUUCAUGUAUGACAUGUAUCUAUUCAUGUCCAUUAUAGUGAUAGUCCAUGCGGUUAUGUA